AUGGCAGCGUACCAGUUUCAGCCCUUACCCAGACCUCAGCAACCAAUACAACCACCAGAACAGCAACAAAUGUUCAGAAAUCAGCAACAUCAACAGAUGUUAAGCAACGUGCAACAAUUCUUCGCCGAAGAUAAAGAAAUCGAGCAUCAAAGAAAACAAAAGCAAGCGAACCAAAAACGAGAACAGGUCGCUACCACAACAACUAACAGCAGUGGCGACAAGCAGAAGAAACGAAGACAGCAGAUACCGGACAGAAGAAGC